ACCGAAGUUUUGCUUGCCAGCUUAUUGGCGACCCAACUGCCACCAACUUUGUGACAUCUUACAUCGAGAAAGUCGGCCUACUUUGUUAGUUUAUUCGGGUAGGUCACGGCCUUACAAACAAACAAGAAAAAUGGCCAAGAAGAGAAAGGCGCCCCGGCAGGCGGCAUCAAGCGGCCCAAAAGAUGUCGACCCCGCCGAUGCUCGACUCCGAAUCAACACCUUCGAGGACAUCGCCGACUCGGAGGAAGAGUACUUUAUGAACAAGGACAGGAUUGAUUUCGAUGAAGAGCCCCGAUCGAAGCGUCAGAGGAGACUCGAGGACGAAGAGGCCUUCCUCGAAUUGUCGGACGAAGAAGUCCUGGCGGAUUCCGACGAGAGCGACGACGACGAGGGCGGCAAAGGCGAGCCAUUGAAAAAGGCAAAGUCCGCUGCUACGAAUAGAAAAGAUCCAGAAGUGUCGGACGAGGAGCAGGGAGGCGAACAGGAAGACGACUCCGGCUGGUGGGGUUCCUCCAAGAAGGAGUACUACGAUGCCGACCAGAUUGAGACCGAGGCCGAUGCCUUGGAGGAGGAGGCCGAGGCCCGAAGACUGCAGCAGAAGAAGCUUGCAAAGAUGUCCGAGGCAGACUUCAUGUUCGAUGAACAGGACUGGCUAGCCCCAACGACCGACGCCACCGAAGGCGGGGACGUUGUGACGGAGACACUGAAGGAUGCAAAAAUCACCGAGGACAUGACUCCCGAAGACAGGUACAAACUAUUGCAGGCGCGGUAUCCCGAAUUCGACUACCUGGUCGACGAAUUCCAGACUCUACAGCCCCUUCUGGCCGAGUGCCAGAAAGAGGCCGUGGGCAAGCCAAGCAAGUCGCUGGAAGUGGUAAAGGUCUGGGUUCUCGGAUCUUAUAUCGCGUCUCUGGCGAGCUAUUUUGCCAUUCUUACCUCACCGGCAAGAGAUAGCGAUGGUGCGCCAACGACAAUGGACCCUGCUGAGUUGAGGGACCACGACAUUAUGGAAACCUUGAUGAACUGCCGUGAGAUGUGGCUGAAGGUCAAGAAGCUCCAGCCUUCGAAGGGCCCAGUAUCAGACACCGGCAUGCUAUCUCCUCCCGAGGACGAUGAGAUGGCGGAUCAAGCGGAAGCGCCAGCCGACAAGGCACCCAAGGACAAGGCCGCCCUCAAGCAAAUCAAGGCCUUGAAGAAGAAGGCGGCAGCGAAGGCCAAACAGGCACAGGCCAUUGAGGACUCUCUCGCCGACCUGUCGGACCUCCUUAGAAAGCCCAAGAAGGCGGCCAAGGCCUCGAAGGCAGGGACUGCGUCUCGGGAACCCCAAUCUGAUGCCGACGCCGAUGCCGCUGCCGACCUGACCGACGACGACAAGCGCUCCGACUUUGGCGAGGAGGACACAAUCGACGCCCGCACCGCCGCCGACAAGGCGCAGCGGAAGAAGAGCCUGCGCUUCUACACGUCGCAGAUCGUGCAGAAGGCCAACCGCCGGGCCGGCGCCGGCCGGGAUGCCGGCGGCGACGUGGACAUACCCUACCGCGAGCGCCUGAGGGACCGGCAGGCGCGCCUGCUCGCCGACGCGGAGCGCCGGGGCCAGAAGGGCAGCAAGCACGGCGUCGACCUAGGCGACGACGACGGUGACGGCGGCGGCAGCGACGAUGGUGGCGAGGGCGGGGAGGCGCUGAAGGACCAGGACGACGAGUACUACGACAUGGUUGCCUCGGCGUCGCGCAAGAAGAAGGACGAGAAGGCGGCCAGGCAGGAGGCUCUCAAGGCGGCGGAGAAGGGCGAGAGGGUGGUCGAGCAGGAGGUGGUCGGCGAGGACGGCAAGCGGAAGAUCACGUACGCGGUCCUGAAGAACAAGGGCCUCACGCCGAGGAGGAAGAAGGAGGUGCGGAACCCGAGGGUCAAGAAGAGGAUGAUGUACGCCGACAAGCAGAAGAAGCUGAGGAGCAUGCGGUCCACCUACAAGGGCGGCGAGGGCCCAGGGGGCUACCAGGGAGAGCUGUCGGGUAUCAAGACGGGAUUGGUCAAGAGUGUCAAGUUCUGAGAGCUGUCAUAGCUGUUCGUAUAGAAGAAAUAGAUGGCGUUUUCCCCACAUGCUUGCGAGACUGUGUACGUGGG